UAGAUUGAAAAAAUUCUUUCAUUUUUUUUAACCAAGUUUUAAAAAAUUACGGAAGAAUAUUAAAAAACAAAUAAUACAUUUUAAUGUUUUGCAACUUUCAAUCAUAGUAAUUUUUUUCUAAGAAAAUAUUUCCCAUUCGCUGAAAUACAAACUCCGAGUGAAAACGACAGCAACGAUAAGAUCAACACCAAUAACGAGAAAAAGAAAGACGUUACGAAAUCAAAAAUGAAAAACCGUUCCUUGAUGUUUCUUUUACAAUGCGUUACUAUUCUUCACUUUGUUACGGCUCAGGAUCCAGUAACAGAAUCAAAGGAUCUAGCCAUCAAUAUGGGCGCAUUAGAUUCGAUGAAUUGUGAUAAUUCUAGCUACGCAAUAAUCCCACCAAAAGCAACUGUUUCACUACUGCAAGACGAAGUGAAACCGAUGCUGCUUAACAAUGAUGUUGAAGAGACGAUAUUUGAGAACGUCAAAGAAGAAAUGACGAUAGUAAAGGGCGAUAUCAAAAAUACGGUUGAUAGAAAGCACGGAGAAAACAUGACGACGGCUGAAAAAGAAGACAAAGAGACGAUGUUUGCAAAAUUCGUCCAGUAUAUAAAGUCCUGUGCUACUCCGGGCAACGCUUCCUUAAUUUUCCCUUCUAUAUACGUAUUGUUUGUUGUUGUCGUCACUGGGCUACAGAUGUCAUCCUAUUUUUAAUUCUUGCUUAAGUCGAAGAAAAAACAAAAACUGGUUCAGGAAAUACAGAGUUUAAAAGGAAGAAUAAACUGGAAACAAGUUUUAUAGAAACAAAUAAUUGAAAGUGGGAAGUUUAAAGAACUUCUGUUCAUUUUUAGAUUCUAAAUAAACCUUUCGCUAUUCA